CAGUCACUCCGUAUCUUCUCUCUCCCAUUUAGUCCUAGGCAAUCACUUUGAGUUUAUUUUUGGGUAAUGCUCAUUCUUUAUAAUCAAGUUUGCAAUGUGCCUUUUACCAAUCCGAAAGAAAUUUUAUAGAUAAUAUUACAUAUCCACAUAAUUGUAAAAAUUCUAAAGUCCUAUGUACAUGUAAAGAGUCAGUUAAAAAAAGAGUCAAUGCAAAGAAAGGCAUUUGUAUUAAAAUAUGUAUGUUUGUAUUUAAGUGCUUGGAUACAACUACCAUAUGACAUAGGAAGCAGUCUGGUGCUGGAGACUGUAGGUUUGGAUUAAGAGAAAUAGAAUAGUCACAAUUUAUUGUUUUCAGUGAAAUUGAAUGAGGUAAGGUAUGGGUAGGUAUUGCUGGAACAGUGAAUAUUGGAGAAGUGGACCUAGACCAGGUGUAUUAAGAAGCAAAGGAAGAAACAUAGUACCUUGGUGGGAGUGGGUUCUGAGCACUUACACUACAAGGUAGCCCAGGGUGUCCAGAUGAGCUGGGUUGUAUCCACAGGUGAGUCAUCCCCUGUGUUAUGACCUGGAACAACAUCAGGACAAUUUAUCACAGAAAGUUCUCUAGACCUGAUGUGUCAGCAUGUGCUGGGGUAACAUUCAGUGUGUAGAAAGCCUUGGAAACCACCAUCUUCAAUGGGCAUGGGGAAUAGAAAGACAGGUUGGGGAAAAUUACUAAUGCUGGGGCUUCAGAGAAGUGGUAUAGUGGACAAUCGAGAAAAGGAUCUGGGAUCUGUGGAUGAGUGGGAGGGAUACAUUGACCCCAAAAAUAUGUGAACAGCAUCAAGAUGAAUUUUUGUGAAGGUUUUCUUUAUUUUUUUGUUUUCGAGAGAGGGGAAGGUGGGGAGAAAGAGAGGGAGAGAAACAUCAAUGUACGAGAGAAGCAUUGAUCAGUUGUCACCUGCGUGCACCCCAACCAGAUACCCAACCCGCAACCCAGCAUGGGGCACGAGAGUGAAAAUGACAGCUCAGAAUAUUCCUGAGGAAGAACUACCCUGUGUUGUAGAAAUGGAAGGGUUUACGAGAGAGGGCCUCCAUUUCUCCAUUCUAGGUGACAGUUGGGACUAUAAGAACUGGGAGGGACACCUGAGGCAGUCAGCUUUAAGUCAGGAAAAGUCAGGGACUCAGGAAGCAAUUCGUGAGUAUCCUGGACUUGGGAGGCCUUUGAAUGCAAGCUCAGACCUUUUACCCUCUCAGAGGAUCCCAACAUCAAAUAGUUUCCAUAUACAUGACUCAGAGGUUAUAAGUUUGGAUUAUGACUCAGCUUUACCCAGUUCUCAGAAAAGUUUUGUAGCUAAGAGAACUGGUGACACUGAUGCCUGUGGAAAAGCCUCCUGCCGUUCCAUGGACGUUAUUCAACAACUUAGAAGAAAUCAAAUGAGAGAAAAACCCUAUAAAUACCCUGAAAGUGUUGAAUCUUUCAACAAUUUCAUUCCUCUUGGUGAACAAAAAAUAACAAAAAGAGGGGAGAAACUGUAUGAAGGCAAGGACUUUGGGGACAUCUUUACCUUAAGUCCAUCUCUUAAUGUAAACAGGAGGAGUCUCCCUGGAGAGAAGCUGUACAAAUGUACUGAAUGUGGCAAAUGCUUCAAACGGAACUCUUCUCUCGUUUUGCAUCACCGAACUCAUACUGGAGAGAAACCUUAUACCUGUAACGAGUGUGGAAAGUCCUUCUCCAAGAAUUACAACCUGAGUGUGCAUCAAAGAAUCCACACAGGAGAGAAGCCCUACAAAUGCAGUAAGUGUGGGAAAGCCUUCAGUGAUGGGUCAGCUCUGACACAACACCAGAGAAUUCACACUGGGGAGAAACCUUAUGAAUGUCUAGAAUGUGGAAAAACAUUCAACAGAAACUCAUCUCUGAUUUUGCAUCAAAGAACUCAUACAGGGGAAAAACCAUACAGAUGUAACGAAUGUGGGAAGCCUUUCACAGACAUCUCCCACCUCACCGUGCAUCUCAGAAUCCACACAGGGGAAAAGCCCUAUGAAUGUAGCAAGUGCGGAAAGGCUUUCCGAGAUGGCUCAUACCUCACCCAGCAUGAGAGGACUCACACUGGAGAGAAACCCUUUGAAUGUGUGGAGUGUGGAAAAUCCUUCAACCGUAACUCUCACCUCAUUGUGCAUCAGAAAAUCCAUUCUGGGGAGAAGCCCUAUGAGUGUAAAGAGUGUGGGAAGACUUUCAUUGAGAGCGCAUACCUCAUCAGGCACCAGAGAAUUCACACUGGUGAGAAGCCAUAUGGCUGUGACCAGUGUCAGAAACUUUUCAGGAACAUUGCUGGCCUCAUCCGGCACCAGAGGACUCAUACUGGUGAGAAGCCCUACGAGUGUAGUCGGUGUGGAAAAGCCUUCAGGGACAGCUCCUGUCUGACCAAGCAUCAGAGAAUUCAUACCAAGGAGACCCCGUACCAGUGUCCAGAGUGUGGGAAGUCCUUUAAGCAGAACUCCCACCUUGCAGUACAUCAGAGACUCCACAGCAGGGAGGAUCCCAGCCAGUGUCCUCAAUGUGGGAAAACAUUCAGAAGGAGCUCAGCCCUGGUCCGACAUCAGAGAACACAUGCUGGAGAGCAUACCAUGGAUACAUAAUGAAUGUGGGCACACUCGUUUCCUGAAUCCUCUUGAAAAUUUGUGUGAAGGAGGGGUGUCUUUGGGAAGGCUCUUCCCUCAAUACAAAAAAAAAAUUUUUUUAAAGGAAAAAAGUCAGUCACUUGCAGUGUCAUCUCUGUGAUAAUCAUCAUUCAGCAACAUUCUGGUGACCAUCCUUCUCCCACCUCUUUAUGUGUACAUAAUUUUGCAUGGAUGGAAUCACAUUACACACAUGGUUUUUUAAAUAUAGAAACUUAUUUUUAAAUGUUUCUCUGCCUUAUCCAGUAAAUUGAAUGUGAGACAGUCCUUAGCCAUACCAUUAAGUCACUAAAUUCCUGGAGGGAAUACAGAACGGUAAUAAAUGUGGAAAAGGCUUCAGGGAUGAUUAGCCUAUACAAAACAUGAUAGCACAUACACUGGAAUAAAACCUGUGGGUGUCAGGAAGAUGCUUCUCUGGAGAUAGCCAGCUACUCCUGCAUCAGUGUGCGUAAACUGGAAAGAACCUGUGAAUGUGUUCUAUAGCCAAUCGGUGCUGGGAAUCCUUUAAUUGGGAGUGUCUACCAUAUUGUACAUAUGCAAACUCUUAGCAGAAUUGAAUGCAAUCAGAGCAGCUUUUGGCAGGAGCUCUUAAUUACUUGUCUAUAUCAGCAAAGAUACCCUGGUGAGAGUCUCCCACCAUGCUCCCCACCACAGCAAGCAUAGAAUUAGAGUAGAUUGCUAUUUGGUUGUAUUUCAGUGUUAUAGUCCUGCCAGGUGCGGAGGACUCAUUUCAGAAGAGACACUUGGAUGAGCAUGUUGUGACCAUGCAGUGAUAUCCCUCUUAAGAAAAAACUGAAGUGGUCUUGUACAAGGAUGGAACGGGCUGCUGUAGAAAUGUGAUACACUGCUUUAGUUGUUGAAACAAAAUGACUGAGUUACGUUUCCUUUUCUCCCCUGUUCACUUAGGACACCUCUGAUUUGUUCUGUGCUGAACCAUAAUUCUAAAGGUUUUGUUCCCAUAUUGAAAUGUUAUAACAUGGCAGGCAACAAAAAAAUGGCAUAAAGGAGAUUUGCUGUUAUGACAGCCAUGUGAAGGUAUAUUUACAUGUGGUUGUAGAGUGGACGAUAAUGGAGUAAUAAAUGUGGUGUUCUUAAGGAGCUG